AUGUCCACCGCAUCGGACCUUGAGAUUGUGGAUGAAACCCCUGCUCCACACACGCAACUCCCACCUAUUAAAUCGGCUAUCCCAAAGCGCAAGGCUAAGAACUCCAAUGGCACUGCUCAACCAGUCUCCUCGGACGCCUCUACUUCCAACAAGAAGCCCAAAUCAAACAAUAAUUCAAGCAACGGGAACUCUGGGGCUCCGAGCAAGGCUGUUAUGGAUGCUCUAAGGCAGGAGAACGAAGAGUUGAAGAAACAGUUGGCCGAGUCCAAUAAAAUGGUCGACAGAUUUCAAGAGGACUUUGCCAAGCUUCAGAAUCUACGACUUACUGCACCAGAGCAAAGCCUCCGAGAAUACAUAAUGAAGGCCGAGGAACGGGAAAAACAACUAAUCGAACAAAAUCAAAUGCUCGUGGAUAAUGUGCCCAUAUUGGAGAGGCUCUUAAGACCACAUGAAUCUGGAACCAUAACUCUCUUGACUCGAGAAGAAACGGAUGGGAAACUCCUUGGCUAUAAGAAUGAGAUAACUCAACUCCGUACUCAGGUGGAAAACCUCAAGCAGGAGCUGAAAUCAGUAUCAAAGUCCUUAACCAAUACACAGGUCGAACUUGACGAAGAGAUCAAGCGGAGCCAAUCACUUAGUCAACAGCUCUCAGACAGACCUGUAAAGCGAGGGAUUGAGUCUGCGACUGGCAAAGAAAAAGAAAAAGAACUUGUAAUGAAUCAGCUCAAGCUUGCAUUUUACGAAGACUUGACGACUAUCAAAGUUCACAAUACCAAGCAAUUCCAGUCCGACCAGUAUGGCCUUGUAACAGAGAUGGAGUGUGACUGCACUACUUAUCAAAAAACGCUCUACUUUAAACUUCACAUGUAUAAAACUCCGGCCAUAAUUGACGGAGAACCUGAUCCGAAUACGCUGGUCGAUACUGUGCGGUAUUUUCCCAUAGGCUUGGAAAACGAAAAGGACGACGAGUUCUUGAAAGGGCUCGGAAUUCUCGUUGAGCCUUUUACGUUCGUCAAAGAACAUGGGCCUUUCGACCGACAAAUGUGGGAAUUCUGUAUGGAGAUCAACAACGGUGUUACGCGGUGGAGAGACGGAGGCGAUGAAGAGGAGGAGGAAGAGGAAGAAGAGGUAGAAGCAAUCGACAGAGACGACGAAGCGAUUAUUGUCGAAGAAGAUGACUGA